AUGGGAAAGAAGGCGAUUGACGCACGAAUACCAGCGCUCCUGCGCAAUGGCAUGCUGGAGAAGAAAAGGUCAUUCUUCGUAGUCGUGGGUGAUCGCCAGAAAGAUGUGAUCGUCAAUUUAUACCACAUCCUCUUGAACCUCGACAUCAAGCUCAACAAGUCUGUCUUAUGGGCGUACAAGAACAAGCUCCUAGGCUUCACAUCGCAUCGCAAAAAGCGAGAGCAGAAGAUCAAGAAGGAGAUCAAGCGUGGAGUGCGAGACGUGGAUACAGAGGACCCGUUCGAGCUGUUCGUCAGUACACAGAACAUACGAUAUGUGUACUAUAAGGAAACGGAGAAGAUUCUGGGAAAUACAUACGGCAUGUGCAUAUUGCAGGAUUUCGAGGCGAUAACACCGAACUUGCUGGCACGGACAAUGGAGACGGUGGAAGGAGGUGGAAUUGUGCUGCUGUUGCUCAAGGGUAUGAGCAGUCUGAAGCAGCUGUACACAUUGAGCAUGGACAUCCACUCUCGAUAUCGGACAGAAGCACAUGGCGACGUUGUGGCGCGAUUCAACGAGCGCUUUAUAUUAUCUUUGGGCAGCUGCGAGUCAUGUCUGGUCAUCGAUGACGAGAUGAAUGUGUUACCCAUCUCUGGUGGCAAGUCUGUUGUGGAGAAGAAGCUGUCAGACGAGGAGCAGGGCAAGACGAAAUCGCAACUAGAACUGGAACAGGUCAAGGAAGACUUGGCAGAUACGCAACCAGUUGGGUCGCUAGUGCAGUUGGCGAAGACGGUCGACCAGGCGCAAGCACUUCUCACGUUUGUUGAGGCGAUCAAGGAGAAGACUUUGGCGAGCACAGUUACGCUCACAGCCGCGCGAGGUCGUGGCAAGAGUGCGGCGCUCGGAGUUGCGAUCGCUGCAGCAAUUGCACAUGGUUACAGUAACAUCUUCAUCACAUCACCAUCACCAGAGAAUUUGAAGACUCUGUUCGAAUUCAUAUUCAAGGGCUUCGAUGCACUCGGUUACCUCGACCACCAAGACUACACCAUCAUUCAAUCUACCAACCCCGACUUCAACAAGGCCAUCGUUCGUGUCAACGUGCACCGACAACAUCGUCAGACGAUACAAUAUAUUCAACCACAGGAUGCAUAUACUCUUGGUCAAGCGGAGCUUCUUGUGAUCGAUGAAGCAGCCGCUAUACCACUACCGCUUGUACGAAAACUCAUGGGCCCUUAUUUGGUAUUCAUGGCGUCCACGAUCAAUGGCUAUGAGGGCACUGGUCGCUCGCUCUCUCUUAAGCUGAUACAGCAGCUGCGUGAGCAGUCUCGUGGUGGAAAGAAGGCGAACAGUGAUCAAUACAUUACGAGUCGAUCGAAUAGCAAAUCCAACGACGGCGCAUAUGCCCCCAUGUCUUCGCGCUCACUACGCGAGAUCACACUUUCAGAACCUAUCCGAUACGCACAAGGAGAUGCAGUCGAGAAAUGGCUCAACCGCAUACUUUGUCUCGAUGCGACACUUCCGCGCUCGUCAAGUAUGCAUGGCACACCGCACCCAUCGCAAUGUCAGCUUCUUCAGGUCAAUCGAGAUACUCUAUUCUCCUUCCAUCCUGUCAGCGAAAAGUUUCUGCAGAACAUGAUGGCAUUAUACGUAGCCUCGCACUACAAAAACACGCCAAACGAUCUGCAACUCAUGUCUGAUGCACCAGCACAUCAGCUUUUUGUGCUUGUCCCGCCUGUUCAAGAAGAUGCCACACGACUACCAGAGAUUCUGUGUGUGCUACAGAUAGCGCUCGAAGGACAAAUCAGCAAGGAGAGUGUGCGAAGCGGACUGGAGCGAGGACAACGAGCUGGUGGUGAUCUUAUCCCGUGGCUAGUCAGUCAACAAUUCCAAGACGAUGACUUUGCAGGUCUGAGCGGCGCACGAGUAGUCAGGAUAGCAGUCAAUCCCGACUACGGCAGCAUGGGCUAUGGUUCGCGAGCACUUCAGCUUCUGACCGAGUUCUACGAAGGCAAGCACAUCAGUCUGGACGAAGGUGAUGAGAAGGUCUCAGCACACGAGCAGGAGAUGGUGCGUGUGACUGAUGCUGAGCUGGAAGAAUCAACACUGCUGAAGGACGACGUGAAAGUUCGAGACAUUCGAGCCAUGCCACCGCUAUUUGCACGGUUAUCAGAAAGGAGACCUUCACCUCUCGACUAUCUCGGUGUCUCGUAUGGCCUCACACAGCCCCUGCACAAGUUCUGGAAACGUGCAGGAUUCGUGCCUGUAUACUUACGACAGACUGCGAACGACCUCACCGGCGAGCACACAACUGUCAUGCUUCGGACACUCGAAACUGGCAGCAGUGAUCCAGGCUGGCUUGGCGCAUAUGCAAAGGACUUCCACAAGCGUUUCCUCUCGCUUCUUAGCUACCAGUUCCGUGCUUUCGGCAGUGUACAAGCACUGGCUCUGGACGAGAGUGCUAACGCUGGCGUGUCAUUACUCGAGACAUCUGACAAAGCCCGAGCUCUGACCAAGGCAGAUCUAGAUCAUGCAUUCACACCUUUCGAUUUGAAGCGGCUGGACUCGUAUGCGAACAGCAUGAUUGACUAUCAUGCUAUCUUGGAUCUGAUGCCUGGUAUCGCUUUGCUGUACUUCACUGGUCGUAUGAGGAACGAAAAUGGGAUCAGUCUGUCUGGUGUACAGCAGGCACUUCUAUGUGCUAUCGGACUGCAAAGGAAAGUCUUGGAGGAUGUAGAGAAGGAACUCGGUCUUGGUACGAGCCAGCUUCUUGCUAUGUUCAACAAAGUGAUCCGUAAGGUCAGCAUGUAUUUCCGCCAGCUACAAGAAGGUGCAGUGGCCAAGGACAUGCCCGUUUCCAAGGCAACGACAAAUGGCGACGCACAUGAGCCUAAUGAAUCCGCUAUCGAUCCCGAAAAUGUGGCGAAAGAGCUUGAACACGAGCUAGCGACUGGCGGAGCAGAAUUCGAUGCUCAAGAACGUGAGAAGCAACGGAAAAUGAUCGAUUCGCUGCCUCUGGAAAACUACGCGACCGCCAAUGGUGAAGCUAGCUGGGAGGAUGCUGAGAAGGCGGUCAAGGCUGGUAAGAAGUCGGGUACCUUUGGCGUGAAGCGGAAGGAUGAGAAGCACAAGCGGAAGGCUGGUGAGGCAUUGGCUGAGGUGCAGAAGGAGGCGGAGGGAUUAGGAAAGAAGACAACGAUGACUGAUCAAACCAAUCUUACGGGAAGUUCGCAGCAGGGCGUGCACGAGGAAGGCAUCGACCAUAUUAAGUCCAAUGUCGGCGGUAAUUCCAACACUUCUGGUGGCCUGACAGGUGGAAGCGAUAGCUUGGACAGCACCUAUGGAACCACCGGCACACAUGGCUCGGGGGUAGGCAGUGGGACGACGAGUGGCAUCGAGCCUACACAGUCAAACACGAGUGCAAACAGCGGUAUCUUAGGCACUGUGAAGAACUAUCUAGGCAUGGGAGGCAACAGUGCUACGGACUCGUCUACGACUGGUACACACACUGGUGCUCAUGACGGAACUUCGACAGGCUUGGGAAGCAGCGGCACUACCGCACACGACUCCUCCACUACUGGACUCGGCAACAGCGCUACUGGCCUUGGCAGCAGUACUGGGCUAGGAAGCUCAACCACUGGCACAUACGACUCCUCCACGACUGGGCUCGGCAGCAGUGGUACCGGCCUCGGGUCCCAGACCUCUGAGUACUUGCCACAAGGCUCAGGCCCUCAUCCCACCUACGCAGGCAAUAGGUACGAUCCCAAUGUCGGUGGCGAGGCUCUGUCUGGAUCAUCUGGUGUCACCGGCGGCUCAGGACUUACUGGUAGCAAUACCGGUCUGGGCAGCUCACAAACAGGCACCGGCUUCACGAGCGGCGGCCCGCUCUCUGGAGAUGGUCUGCGUGGCAGCGAAGCGAGAAGCCUGGGGAAUGACGUUCCAUCUUCGCACCACGGAUCCAGUAUUGGUCAGACUGCCGCUGGUGCCGCGACCGGGGCUGCUGCUGGCUCUGCACUGUCCGGCCGCGAUCACUCUGAGAGGACUGUUUCAAACACCCUCGACAGGGACACCGAAGGCACACGCGCACCCACUAGCACAGGCACUUCGAUCGCAAAAGAUCCAGCCAACGAGGUCGCACCAAACAAGCUACCAACGGACAGCGACGUUACAACUGGUGCCCGUCCCACCGAGUCCGCAGAUCCUACAACUGGCGACCGUGCAAUGAGUGGCAAGGAGGAGGCUGAAGAGGGCGGUGAUUCAGUCCGCGCGCACGAGAAGGGCAAGUCUGAUGCGGAGCUCGGCUCGAAGAGAAUGAAUGAGGAUUCUAUUCCAACCGCAGGUGGCGAAAAGCUCGGCCAGAAGCACUGGGGCGAGAGCAAGAUCGUUCCAGACAACCCGAAGCCUCAAGGCGAGGCGAAUGUGUCUAGCUCGGAUGGCCAGCCAGAUUCCAAGACUCGCGAUAAUACCUCUGCCAACACUGGCGGUGCGCACCCAGUAGGCCACAACGCUGCUCAUGACAAAGGUGAUGGACAGAAGGAAGGGCUGGUAGAUAAGCUCAAGGACAAGCUCCACAUGGCUCACAAGGACAAGGCCGCGAGCUGA